GGGCACGGGGGUGGGCGGAGUGGUUGCUGUGGUGCGCGGUGGUGUCGGAGGUAGUGGGGAGCGGGGCCUUUGGGGCCUCGCCAGGGCCGUAGCGGCCGCAGUUGGCCCCCCUCCCCUACCCCGGCCGGUGGCCGGAAGAGUUCAGGAAGGGGGCCGGGAGGACCCGCCCCCGGCCGGCCGCAGUCAUGAACUCCAACGUAGAGAAUCUGCCCCCCCACAUCAUCCGCCUGGUGUACAAGGAGGUGACGACACUAACCGCAGACCCACCCGAUGGCAUUAAGGUGUUCCCCAACGAGGAGGACCUCACCGACCUGCAGGUCACCAUCGAGGGCCCUGAGGGGACCCCAUAUGCUGGAGGUCUGUUCCGCAUGAAACUCCUACUAGGGAAGGACUUCCCUGCCUCCCCACCCAAGGGCUACUUCCUCACUAAGAUCUUCCACCCGAAUGUGGGUGCCAAUGGUGAGAUCUGCGUCAACGUGCUCAAGAGGGACUGGACAGCUGAGCUGGGCAUCCGACAUGUGCUGCUGACCAUCAAGUGCCUGCUGAUCCACCCUAACCCUGAGUCUGCACUGAACGAGGAGGCAGGCCGCCUGCUCUUGGAGAACUACGAGGAGUAUGCCGCCCGGGCCCGUCUGCUCACAGAAAUCCAUGGUGGCGCUGGUGGGACCAGCAGUAUGAGGGCUGAGGCCAGCAGAGCCCUGGCCAGUGGCACUGCGACCUCUUCCACUGACCCUGUGGCCCCUGGGGGCCUGGGAGGGGCCGAGGGUCCCAUGGCUAAGAAGCAUGCUGGUGAGCGAGAUAAGAAGUUGGCAGCCAAGAAAAAGACGGACAAGAAGCGGGCGCUGAGGAGGCUGUAGUGGGCUCUUCUCCCUCUCUCCCUGACCCAACCUCCACUCCUGUUCCCUUCCUUCCCACUCUGUCUCUAAGUUAUUUAAAUUAUGGCUGGGGUGGGGGAGGGCAUGGGAGGGCACUGGGACCUGGAUUUGUUUUUCUAAAUAAAGUUGGAAAAGCAG